AUGGAGCAGUUUAAGCCUCCGAGUCCCAUGUCUUUCGACGGGGGCAACCUAAGCGAAAACUGGAGACGGUGGUCUCAGAGACUUAACGUCUAUCUAACUGCGUCAGGCGGGUCGGAAAAACCAGACGCUACCAAUGUCGCCAUUAUGCUUCACUCCAUCGGCGAGGAAGGCCUGGAGAUAUACAACAAUUUCACGUUUGAAAAUGAGGGGGACAACCUGAAGUUGAAACCCGUUCUAGACAAGUUCCAAGAGUACUGCAAUCCGAGAAAAUAUACGGUAAUUGAGAGGUACAUGUUCUGGGAAACGAAACAGAGAGAAGGUGAGUCGAUAGACCAUUUUGUUACUGAACUAAAACCACGUGCAAAGAACUGUGAAUUUGGUGAUCAGAAAGACAUGAUGAUUAGAGACAGAGUAAUUUUUGGCAUCGAUAAUGACCGUUUGAAAGAAAGAUUGCUGAGAGAUUCAGCAGACCCCUCGCUAAACCGCAUGAUUGAGAUCUGCAGAGCCUCAAAGGCGAGUGCGAAGCAGAUGAAGGAAAUAUCUGAGCCCGGUACUGAUACAACCACUGGUGCCGCCGCUACAGCUGUCCACGCAGUGAGCAAACGUAAACAAUCGUUUGGUGGUAAACAAUCCAAACAACCACAGAAAACACAACAUAAGCAACAACAUGCUACUUCGAACAAAUGGAAAUGUAGGAAUUGUGGCAAGUCACACCCCAAAAAUGAAUGUCCUGCGUUCGGUAAACAGUGUCACAAAUGUGGAAAAAACAAUCACUUCAAGAAUCUGUGUCGCAGUGGUAAGAAGAGUGGUCGUAUGAAUCAUGUGUAUGAUGUUGCCUUAACGGAGGAGGACACUGACAGUUUCAGUGACCUAUUUAUCAGAGAACUACAGGUCGGGCAGAUAAACGACACGGGUAAGACGGGCUGGUUUACAAUUCUAAAGGUAAACAAUCAGAAAAUUCAAUUCAAACUCGACACAGGUGCAGAAGCUAACGUGAUGCCAUUAGCGUGCUUCGAGAAGCUGAACAGAAAGCCUAAACUUAUACGGACAAAUAUAGUGUUGUCAGCCUAUGGUGGACACAAAGUCAAACCUACAGGGAAGGCUAUUCUGCGGUGUAGAAACACAGACAUUGAGUUCUAUAUAGCUGAUGUCAAGUCACCACCGAUACUAGGUCUUCAGACCUGUAAGGAGCUACAGUUGGUUGAGCGAACAGACAGUAAGUCAGACAUACACACAGUUCAGAAGGAACAAGGUGGAACACUUAAUAAAUCAAAACUGGUUGAGGACAAUCAAGAUGUGUUCACAGGACUCGGGAAGUUCAAAGGUCAGUACCAUAUUGAACUUGACCCAAGUGUACAGCCUGUCAUACACCCACCCCGUAAGAUACCUUUCAGCUUGCAGUCAAGACUGCAGGAGACUUUACGUAAACUGGAAGCGGAUGACAUCAUCGCUGCUGUUGACAAGCCCACUGAAUGGGUGAACAGUAUUGUCCUAGUUGAGAAAAAGAAUGGAUCACUAAGGGUUUGUCUCGACCCUAGGGAUCUCAACACGGCAAUCAAAAGACAACACUACAGAAUCCCCACCCCAGAAGACAUUUCUGCAGAGCUCCACGACAAGAAGGUUUUCUCAAUCCUUGAUGAAAAGGACGGUUAUUGGCAGGUCGAAUUGGAUGAGCCAUCUUCAUACCUGUGUACCUUCAAUACGCCAUUUGGCAGGUACAGAUUCAAACGCAUGCCUUUUGGCAUUAGCUCAGCAAGUGAGGUUUUCCAGAAGAAAAACCAGGAAACCUUUGGAGACAUCCGUGGUGUGAGGAUGAUAGCUGACGAUAUGAUAAUCGCAGCUAAGGACUCUGUAGAACAUGACAGCAUCAUUACCAAGGUCAUGGAGAGAGCGAGGGAACAGAACAUUAAGUUCAAUCCGUCAAAAAUCCAAUUCAAAGUGGAAACAGUCAAAUACAUGGGCAAUGUUAUUACACAGGAAGGGCUUAAACCUGAUGCAGACAAGAUUGAGGCAAUUGUAAGCAUGCCUACGCCUGAUGAUAUGCCAGCUCUACAAAGACUGUUAGGUAUGGUAAACUAUCUGUCUAAGUACAUUCCGAACAUGUCGGAAAUUACCUCCCCUUUGAGAGAAUUACUUAAGAAGGACAUCGCUUGGAUCUGGGACACAACACAUGAUCAUGCGCUGAAAGUCAUCAAGGACGUCCUCACAGCGAAACCUGUCCUUAACUUCUUUGACCAGACGAAGCCUGUAACAAUUCAGGCAGACGCGUCGCAAAACGGUCUCGGAGCGUGCUUAAUGCAAGAAGGGAAGCCGAUCGCAUAUGCGUCAAGGUCACUCACGUCGGCGGAGAAAAACUAUGCGCAGAUUGAAAAAGUUAGCCAUUGUAUUCUCAUGCGACAAGUUUCAUCAAUAUGUAUAUGGUAG